AUGGGGUUUUGUAAGUUUCCCAUGUUUGGUUUCUUGUGUUUGGUCGUUGUUUUGUUUGGAGUCUAUGCAGAAGAAAAUGCUCAGCUAAUGAAUGAUAGAGCAUCAUUGCUUUCUUUCAUGUCCGGGGUCGUUUCGGACCCUGGACACGUCCUUGAGAAUUGGAACUCUUCCGAUGUUCAUGUCUGCAAAUGGUCAGGUGUGAGCUGCAACAAUGCAGGUGACAGAGUCACAGAGCUUAUCCUCAAUGCAACAUGGCUUAGAGGCACCAUUUCUCCAGCUCUAGCCAAUCUUUCAUCCUUGAGGGUUCUUGACUUGUCGAGGAACUUCUUCCAAGGUCAUAUUCCAAAAGAGUUGGGUUUUCUCUCUCAGCUCAGACUGCUAAGCUUAUCCUCGAACCUCCUUGAAGGGAAAAUUCCCUAUGAGUGGGGAUUUCUGCACAAUAUGGUGUAUCUUGAUUUGGGAAGCAACCGGCUUGAAGGUAGAAUCCCGGAUUCACUUUUCUGCAAUGGGUCAUUAUCCUUGCAGUAUAUAGACCUUUCUAACAACUCUUUGAGCGGUGAAAUCCCCCUAAAGAAUGAAUGUGGGCUGAAAGAGUUGAGGUUUCUUUUACUUUGGUCGAACCAUCUUGUGGGAAGUAUACCUCAAGCCCUUUCAAACUCCACUAAACUUCAAUGGCUGGACUUGGAGUCUAAUAUGUUUAGCGGGGAGUUACCCUCAGAUAUUGUACGUGAAAUGCCGAGCUUAGAGAUAUUCUAUUUGUCCUACAAUGCCUAUGUUAGCCAUGAUGGUAACACCAACCUUGAGCCUUUCUUUGCUUCCUUAGUAAAUUCAUCUAACCUUCAAGAACUCGAGUUGGCGGGAAACAAUCUUGGUGGAGAGAUACCUUAUAUUAUUGGUGAUCUUUCUACCAGUCUUGUACAGAUUCACCUAGAUACCAAUCUUCUCUACGGCUCAAUUCCUCCUCACAUCUCAAACCUUGUCAAUCUUACCCUCUUGAACUUGUCCAGUAACUUGUUGAAUGGAUCAAUCCCACCCGAACUAUACAGGAUGGGGAAGCUAGAGAGGGUUUACUUAUCGAAUAAUUCACUCUCCGGUAAGAUUCCAUCGGCUCUCGGCGAAAUUUCCCAUCUAGGACUUCUAGAUUUGUCGAGAAACAAGCUUUCAGGUUCAAUCCCGGAUAGUUUUGCCAACCUUCCCCAGUUAAGAAGGCUUUUUCUUUAUGAGAACCAGCUCUCCGGAACAAUACCACCAAGUUUAGGCAAAUGCAUCAAUUUAGAAAUUCUGGACCUUUCUCACAACAGGAUCUCAGGGGUGAUUCCCAGUGAAGUUGCAGGCUUGAGCAGCUUGAAGUUAUACUUGAACUUGUCUAGCAAUUACCUAUAUGGGCAUUUACCAUUAGAGCUGAGCAAAAUGGAUAUGGUGCUAGCCAUAGAUUUAUCCUCUAACAAUCUAUCCGGCACCAUCCCACCACAACUCAAAAGCUGCAUUGCAUUAGAAAAACUCAACCUUUCACAUAAUAUCUUGGAAGGCCCUCUUCCAUUUUCAAUAGGGCAGUUGCCUUAUCUUCGAGAACUUGAUGUGUCUUCAAACCAAUUGGUUGGAGAGAUACCUCAAUCUCUGCAGGUGUCUUCUACUCUUACGAACAUGAACUUCUCUUUCAACAAGUUCUAUGGAAAUGUCUCCAACAAGGGAGCAUUUUCAUCGCUCACCAUGGACGCUUUUCUGGACAAUGGUGGCCUUUGUGGCUCGAUAAAGGGCAUGCCAAAAUGCAGGAAAAGACGUAGUUCUCAUCAUAUGCUUAUUCUGUCAAUAAUCCUGUCUUUAAUUGCAAUUCCCAUUUUGUGCCUAUUUGGGUACCGCCUGGUACUCAGAUCAAGAUUCCGAAGCCAACUGGCAGUUUUCAAUGGAGGGGACAUGGAAGAUGAUGAACAAGAAUACAAAGAGUUCAAGUACCCAAGAAUCUCAUAUGAACAACUUAUUCAAGCCACCGGCGGGUUCACUGCUUCAAGCCUCAUUGGUUCAGGUCGAUUUGGGCAUGUUUACAAGGGAGUUCUUCAAGAUAAUACAAGAAUAGCUGUGAAGGUGUUGGAUCCGAAGACAGCUGGAGAAAUUUUUGGGAGCUUUAAGAGAGAAUGCCAAGUCCUAAAGAGGACAAGGCACCGGAAUUUAAUAAGGAUCAUCACAAUUUGCAGUAGGCCAGAGUUUAAAGCUCUUGUUCUUCCACUAAUGUCAAACGGGAGCCUGGAGAGUCAUCUGUACCCAAGCCACGGAUUGAAUCAUGGGUUGGAUUUGGUUCAGUUAGUGAAAAUCUGCAGUGAUGUUGCUGAAGGGGUGGCCUAUUUGCACCAUCACUCUCCAGUUAAAGUCGUACACUGUGAUCUUAAACCGAGCAAUAUUCUUCUUGAUCAUGACAUGACGGCUUUGGUAACUGACUUUGGAAUUUCGAGGCUUGUAAAGGUGGCCGAUGAGAGUGCUUCUGAAAGGGAUACAGAGUCCAUCAGCUCAAAAGAUGGCUUAUUAUGCGGGUCGCUCGGCUACAUAGCUCCUGAAUAUGGAUUGGGUCAACGCGCCUCACCAGAAGGAGAUGUGUUUAGUUUUGGGGUACUUCUGUUAGAAAUUGUGACAGGAAGACGCCCUACAGAUGUUCUUGUUGAUGAAGGUUCAAGCUUGCAUGAAUAUGUUAAAAGACACUAUCCAAAUAAGCUGGAGGCAAUAGUUGAACAAGCACUGGAUAGGUGCUCAUGCGCUUCAUCUGCAAUGCCCAAGGCUUACUAUAAUGUAUGGAUAGAUGUCAUUCUGGAAAUGAUUGAGCUUGGUCUUAUGUGCACACAGUUCACUCCUUCAGCUAGGCCAAGCAUGCAGGAUGCUGCACAUGAAAUGGGACGGUUGAAGGAGUAUCUCUCUAAUCCUUCCUCACUGCAACUAUCUUCUCAGGAAGCUGCUAAUGUUUUCUGAUUGUUGAAGUUUCAGAUUUUUGGUUACUAUUCAUAAUUACUUCAUUCUUUCAGUUCAUUUUUUUGGCAAAGCAUUCCGGCCUUGUACCAGCUUUGUACAUCAUGAGCAGCUAAAAUGAUAUUUUUUUUUCAAACA